UAUCCCUGACCAAAAUUGUUCUGUUAAUUUGCCCCCACCACAUACCAUAUGCCACAUAUACCCCUCAAAGCACUCACUCAAAAUUCCUAUAAAUUCUCACCAUAACAUUGCAAAUAUCAAUUGCCCAAAGUGCUUAAUCAUCACUACUACUAUUAUUAUUGGUAGUAGUAGUAGUAGUAUUAUAGUGCUCACUCUUCUACUGUGUAUUUAUUUCUUUUUGUGAUGGAUGUGGAUAAUAAUCAUAAUAGUGUUGGUGCCAUGGCUAGUAGUAGGAAGAAGAAGAAGAAGAAGAAGAAUGGGUCAAUAAGUUCAAUUUUCAUGCAUGCAGAUACCAAAGACUGGUUUUUCAUGCUCUUUGGUUUGUUGGGGGCAAUUGGAGAUGGAUUAACCACACCUUUGGUCUUGUUCAUCACUAGCAAGAUGAUGAACAACCUUGGAAGUUUUUCUAAUCUUGAUGGAGGUGGUGCUUUCACUCAGAACAUAAACAAGAAUGCAGUGGCUUUGUUAUAUUUGGCAUGUGGGUCUUUUGUUGCUUGCUUCUUGGAGGGUUAUUGUUGGACAAGAACAGGUGAAAGACAAGCUACAAGAAUGAGAGGCAGAUAUUUAAAGGCAGUACUAAGACAAGAAGUGGCAUACUUUGAUUUGCAUGUUACAAGCACUUCAGAGGUCAUCACCGGUGUCUCCAAUGAUAGCCUUGUAAUUCAAGAUUGUGUUAGUGAAAAGGUAUGA